CACACUGCAUUUCAUAUUCAUCAUCAUAGCUCAAUUUUCUACAAAAACUGUUCUUUCAUUUGAAUCUUAAUACUAACGUCAUCAAACAACACUCAUUCACUCAUUGCUUUAUCAGUAGUAGGAAAUUGCUCCAUUAUUACUGUAAGUGUGUCCCACAUUCACACGACUCUAUCUAGCCUAGAUACUUCAAAAUCCUUCUGUCUCCCACAUUCAUAUUAAUCACUAUUUACAAGCGUACUCUACACUCUGUAAUUCAUAUUCAUCAAACUAUGGCUUCCCUCACUGUCACAGAUCGAUUCAAGUACGAUGUUUUCCUCAGCUUUCGAGGUGAGGAUACUCGCUAUGGUUUCACUGGCAAUCUCAAGAAAGCUCUUGAUGACAAAGGGGUCCGAACUUUCAUCGAUGAUGAAAAGCUUAAAAAAGGAGAUGAAAUCACACCAUCACUUCUCAAAGCAAUUGAAGACUCCAUGAUGGCCAUCAUUGUCCUCUCUGAAAAUUAUGCUUCUUCAUCCUUUUGCUUACAAGAACUUUCUCAUAUCCUUGAUACAAUGAAAGAUAAGGCGGGUCGUUACGUUUUGCCGGUAUUUUAUAAGGUUGAUCCUUCUCAUGUACGAAAGUUGAAAAGGAGUUAUGGUGAAGCCAUGAAAAAACAUGAUGUGGCCAGCUCCUCAAGUCAUAACAUGAAUAAUAAAUGGAAGGACUCUCUUCACCAAGUUGCUAAUUUGUCCGGCUCUCAUUACAAAGGGGAUAAGUAUGAGUACGAGUUUAUUGAGAAUAUUGUUGAACAAGUCUUAAGAAAUAUAAAACCUAUUGUCUUACCUGUUGGUGAUUACCUAGUUGGACUAGAGCACCAAAAGCAACAUGUGACUUCGCUUUUGAAUGUUGGGUCUGAUGAUACAAUCCACAUGGUCGGGAUCCAUGGGAUUGGUGGAAUAGGAAAAACUACUCUUGCUCUAGAAGUUUAUAAUUCGAUUGUCCGUCAAUUUGAAUGUUCCUGUUUUUUUGAAAAAGUCAGAGACUUUAAGGAAAGUGGGUUGAUAUAUCUCCAAAAGAUCCUUCUGUCUCAAAUUGUUGGAGAGACAAAAAUGGAGAUAACAAGUGUUAGACAGGGAGUUUCGAUAUUACAACAAAGGCUUCACCAAAAGAAGGUUCUUUUACUUCUGGAUGAUGUUGACAAGGAUGAGCAAUUAAAGGCUAUUGCUGGAAGUUCCGAUUGGUUUGGUCUAGGAAGUAGAGUCAUCAUCACGACUCGGGACAAAAGGUUGCUAACAUAUCAUGGGAUUGAAAGAACAUAUGAGGUGAAGGGAUUGAACGAUGCUGCUGCUUUUGACUUGGUGGGAUGGAAAGCUUUAAAAAAUGAUUAUAGUCCCAUCUAUAAAGAUGUUUUAUUAGAACAAAAGCAAGGAAGAGAAUUGAAUGCGAAUGAAUUGCGUAGAUUGAAAGAUUUGAAGAAUGACGUACGUUUUUCAAGUUAUGCGAAUGUUUUAAAACGUGCUGUAGCAUAUGCUUCUGGCCUUCCACUUGCUUUGGAAGUCAUAGGUUCUCACUUUUUUAACAAGACAAUAGAACAAUGUAAUUAUGUACUAGAUCGUUGUGAAAGGGUUCCUGAUAAAAAGAUCCAAACAACACUACAAGUGAGCUUUGAUGCUUUGCAGGAUGAAGACAAAUUUGUUUUUCUUGACAUUGCUUGUUGCCUCAAAGGAUGGAAUUUGAUAAGAGUCGAAGAAAUACUUCAUGCUCAUUAUGGUAAUAUCAUGAAAGAUCACAUUGAUGUGUUAGUGGAAAAAUCUCUCAUAAAAAUAAGCGAUUCCGGCAAUAUAACAUUACAUGAUUUAAUAGAGGAUAUGGGGAAAGAAAUUGUUAGAAGAGAAUCACCUGAAAAUCCUGGAAAGCGCACUAGGUUAUGGGCCUAUGAAGAUAUAAAGAAAGUUUUUAAAGAAAAUACGGGAACAAGUACCAUUAAAAUCAUACAUUUCCAAUUUGACCCAUGGAUUGAAAAAAAGAAGGAUGCCUCAGAUGGAAAAGCUUUCAAGAAGAUGAAAAAUCUCAGAACACUAAUUUUUAGUACUCCUGUUUGUUUUUCUGAAACUUCUGAACAUAUUCCAAAUAGUCUACGAGUGCUAGAAUAUUCCAAUCGCAAUCGCAAUUAUUACCAUAGCCGUGGAUCAAAUCUAUUUGAGUGGGACGGCUUUCUCAAAAAGGCAAGUGAUUCAUAUCUCUUUUUCUAUAUUAAUAUGAUUUUGAUUCCAAUAUAAAAUUGAAACAUAAUUUUAAUAAUUCUUUUUA